AUGGUUGGUCGCUAUGACGGCUAUCAGGAUGAAGAAACUAAAUUAAAAGACGCUAUAAAAUUAUUAGAUGCUAAACAAAAACUUUUAGAUAACUACACCCAACAAAACAAUUUAAAACUCCAAAAAGUUCUAAUGUUGGUAAUUGCUCCCAGUAUUGAAGAAGCCGAAAGUAUUAGAACCAGUUUAAUUGUUAAUUGUGAAUUCCCUCCAGAAAAUAUUUUACAAGUUGAUAGCAGUAAAAUUACCGAUAAUUUAGCCCAAGAAUUACAGAACAUUGAUAAUCCUCAUAAUCCUACACGAAUUAUUAUCGCUGUUGGCAUGUUAAAAGAGGGUUGA